AGAAAAGUGAUGUAAACUUAGUGUUUAUUGAAGACAUUGAUUGAUAUAUUGAUUGAUAUAUUGAUUGAUAUAUUAAUAAUUAUAAACAAAAUGCCGUUAUAUGAAGGCAUUGGUAUCGGUAGUGAUAAACACAGUGUUGUCAUUGAAUUGGGACAGUCUUUCACUAAAUGUGGUUUUGUCGGUGAAUACUCUCCGCGAGCUAUCAUUAGAUCUCAAGUCUUUGAUACCAAACUUAACAAAAUGGUUAAUAUAUAUUCAAUAACUGACGACAAAGAGCUAUAUUCGGCAUUAAAAGAGUUUAUCCGUGUCUUAUACUUCCGAUAUCUUGCGGUUAAUCCAAAAGACAGACGUCUGGUGAUAGUAGAGUCAAUGUUUACGUCGUCUCGUUUUCGCAACCAAUUGCUUAAAGUGUUAUAUCUUUAUUAUGACAUUCAGGCUUUACUUAUAGUACCCCAACAUUUGGUAGCGUUGGCGACAUUAGGUCUGUCGACUGCAUUGAUAUUAGAUGUCGGUUAUAAAGAAGCCAUUGCUGUGCCUAUCAUUGAAGGCGUCACUGUUGUCGAUGGUCUUCAAUUUGCACCACUGGGAGGAAAGUCAAUUCAUUACAGAAUUAUGGACGAACURAUUCAAAGACGUGCAACCAUUGAUCAUAAUAAUGAACAAAUAGUUAUAGCGGAACCAUUAAAUGAAGAUGUUUUGGAAGAUAUUAAAAUCAGAACAUGUUUUGUGGCACCAUUUGAAAGAGGUGUCAGACUUUCGCAACAAAAGCUAGACUUUGAAGAAGGUAUGAGUAUAUCUGCUCCACCCAGUAAUGUGUUGUAUCCUAUUGAUGGUCAAAAGGUACUAAAUAUUCCCGGAUCUCUUCGGGAAUCAGUUUGUGAAGUGCUYUUUGAGAUGUAUGGCGACGAACACACGAUUCCUACUUUAAUAAUAGACGCUAUACUAAAGUGUUCACUUGAUUCGCGGCGACAUUUGGCCUCAAAUAUAAUAAUAAUUGGCGGGACUUCAAUGUUACCCGGCUUUCGGCACCGUUUGCUUAAUGAACUAAAAGCUUUGGCCAAAAGUAACAGAUAUGAAAGUAAAUUACAUUUUCAUGACUUCAAGUUCCACACAAAUCCUUGUCCUGCAAACUAUAGCUCAUGGCUCGGGGCCGCCAUAUUUGCCUCUUCUGACAUCGUGUCCACUCGUUCUGUGACUUUGGAACAGUAUAUUAAAAAUAAUCAAAAAAUAAAUGAUUGGAGUGAUUGGGUGCCAGAAAAAAAUCGAUAAAACAUUUUUUUUUAAUUUUUAAUAAAUACUGUACUAAUAGGUGUUUAUGUUAAUUAAAAAAAAAAUAAUCAAUAGUACUGUAUAUUUUGACACAUUGAAGUAUUGUUUACCGAUAUCUAUACAAUUCCGUAUGUAAGCACAUAUAGCCACACCUCAAAAAUUUAAAAAUCAACAUUUGGUACGGAACUGUAACUCACAUAUACCCCCCACUGGGGCAAUAUGUGAAGUGUUGGGGGUAAGAAACGAUUAGGUAUUGUAAUUAGAAACCAUUAAAAGGCCAGUUAAUAGCAAUUAUUAUAAAGAUAGUUAAAAUUAAAUAAAUGCUAAUACAGUAAUAAUAUAAAUAAUAAUUAACACAGUAAUCAGCUUCCGAUCGGUCAUUAAAUUGAAAAUUACCAAUUUGUAGGCCAUUAUUURGCAUUAAAUAAACCGGUCAAUAGAUUGCAUUUUUUAAGUGGAGUUAAUUACAGAUAAUCAAAAUACUAUAAUACUUUUGUACAAUAAUUUCAAUAAUGGGCUAAUUUGAUAGUUCAUUAAACUAAUCAUUUGCUAUGGGAAUGAUUUUCACGUAUUGCCCUAUAGUUUCACAUAUAGUCCUUGAGGUUAUUUGCGAUUACA